UAGGUAUGUGGCUGCUCGCUGCGCCGCGCUAGGAGGGAGCCGGGCCAUGGAGAGCGGCAACGUGGAGCUCCGCGGCGGCCCCGACAAAGAGCGGGCGCCGUGCGACGGGCAGCGCCUGGUGGAGGUGGUGCUCAGCGGUGGCGCGCCCUGGGGCUUCACCCUCAAGGGCGGCCGCGAGCACGGCGAGCCCCUCAUCAUCACCAAGAUUGAAGAAGGGAGCAAAGCUGCAGCUGUUGACAAGUUACUGGCUGGAGAUGAAAUUGUUGGCAUCAAUGAUGUGGGCCUCUCUGGGUUCAGACAAGAGGCUAUUUGUCUGGUGAAAGGUUCACAUAAGAUGCUGAAGCUUAUAGUGAAAAGAAGAAAUGAUCUAGCCUGCAGGCCUCACUCUUGGCACGCAACCAAAUUCACAGAGAAUCAGCCUGAGACAGCCACGUCACAGCUCUCCUCAACCAAUCUCUGCACUUCAUGGCACUCCCGGUAUCAUGCUAGCUCCUCUUCUCAUGAUUUGUCACAUUCAUGGGAUCAGUCAAAUCUACAUCGCACUUCUGACCAAUUCAGCUCCCUAGGAAGUAUGGACAGCUGGGACCACACUCCCCAAAUGUCCCAUUAUGGACGGCUUUCCUCUGCAAAGUCUAACAGUAGCAUUGAUCACUUAGGGAACCAAAGCAAACGGGAUUCUGCUUAUGGCUCUUUCUCUACAAGUUCCAGUACCCCUGACCAUACAUUAUCCAACACAGAUGCAUCUUCAACAGAGAACAUGCUCUACAGAGUUGGCCACUGGGACAUUGCAAAGCAUGGAAACAGCAGUGCUGGCCAAUUUCUGAAUGAUAACUGUGUACUAGAGGACAAAUCUGGAUACUUGCUAGCUCCCAAUCAGUUUGAAAAUAGCAGGAGCCCUAGAAUAGAGGAAUAUCCUGAUUCUAAGCUUUCAGGCUGUGGAAAGUCAAAUACUGGACCUGUCUGGUAUGUGCCUGAUAAGAAGAAGUCAUCCUCCCCUCCCCCACCACCUCCACCUCUUCGUAGUGACAGCUUUGCUGCUACCAAAGGCCAUGACAAGGCCCAUGGUCCUGUAUACUCAGAAAGCACCAGCACCCAGCACUUUACAGUUCUGAACCGAUCUCAGCCCAGAAGUGACUGGAGCUCAGAAACUACAGAACAACAAAGAAGAUCUGCUAGAGCAAGUGAAAGGAGCACAGAGGGAAGGAGGAUCAAUAGUUCCAACUAUAAAUCUGAUAUUGAUCUAGACUAUACUUUAUCUUCUGCUGGUGACAGGUACAACAAUAACGCAGGAAAUGCUAACAGACUUCAGUCCUCUCUGUCCAGCACAGAUGUUCGGUUUGCACAGUCUGCUUACAGUUACCACCACCAGCGCCAAUACAGUGAUGAAAGCACUUUUUUUCAUAAUGCAAAAGCCUCAGCUUUGCCUAAGGACCAGCAACAUUUUUCCUCUUACAGUGGUGCCCAAGAUCUACCUGCUAACCACUUCCAUUGUUACAGUCCAAACCAAUCCAGAUUACUCAGUACUUCCUCCUGUAUGAACAGUGCCACUGAGCAGAAAAUGGACAACACUGGACAGAGUCGUUAUUACUGUGUAACAGCAAAACAGCCUGCUCAGGGAAACUUAAGGCCGCUACAGCUAAAGGAUGAAUGUUGGAAACCUGAAGCCUGUCCUGGACCACAUGACAAUCCUGCAAUAGUCACAAUGGUCCAGAAACCAAAAUACUAUCUACCUCAACAACCUGUCGAGUCUUCUAUAGAAGGGUGCGAGAAGAGCGUUCCCUAUUCAGUAGACAGAGGAGGGGAUAUUAGGCCUGAAGAUGCUAGAAAAAAUAGCUAUCCUGAAAGGGCUGGACAGAAUAAAACUUUGGAGAGCAGUUGCAAGGAAAAUGACAAUAGCUACAAUCAGCAGGAAUACACAAAGAGCUGUGUUCUUACCACUGAAAACAGGGCUGCCCAGAAAGAUUUCAGGUGGGGAAAAGAAGAGAAUAGUAAGAUUUCUCCUCAGAAGACCCCUAUGUUGCAUUCCUUAGCUCAGGAAGGGAAAAAACAAUCUGACAACUGCCAAGGACCUGGAAUCGAUAGGGGGCUUCCAUUUGAUACUCACUUGACUAAACAGGCACGGAGGAGUGAUCGCUUUGCAACAACCCUGAGAAAUGAGAUCCAAAUGAGGCGAGCAAAGCUGCAAAAGAGCAAAAGCACUGCUGCCUUAAUAGGGUCAAAUGAACCAGAGGAGUAUAGUGAGAAUUGGAAACCAGAAUCAGCAGAGACAUUGAACACUUCUUCAGAUAGAUCUUUUACCAGUACCUACAAGGAUCACCUAAAGGAGGCCCAGGCUAGAGUCCUGCGGGCUACUUCCUUCAAACGGCGGGACUUGGACCCUAGCCCUGCUGACUAUCUCCCCAGGUCACCAGAACGGAAGGCAAAUAACUACAACUCUUCCUCGUUGGCUUUGGUUUCUGAAGAUGCCUCUGACUUCCUUGAGGCUGCACAAGUUAAACCACACUCUUCAGGGAGUGGCACACAUCAUAUUUCACGCAUUGGAGCCAGGAAGAGGUUCACAGCAGAACAAAAACUAAAGUCUUACUCCGAACCAGAGAAAAUGAAUGAAGUGGGGAUGUCGGAGGAUAACUGCCAUCCUCAGCGCCGUUCAAAUACAUGCGAGGAAGCCCUUGCCUCUUUUGCAGAUAGGUGGAAAUUCUUUGAAGAAACAAGCAAACCCACACACCGGAAGUCUGCCCAGAAACAAGCUCCGCACAAUCUGUUUGAGGAACAGCCUGGGAAGCCUGAUAGAAAAGCUUAUGGACAUGAGUGUGAGGAAUUACAGUAUGAAAGAAGAUCUCGGGCAGCCUCUUUUGGAAUUGAAACUAUGCAAAUUGCAAAAAAUAAUACCCAUUGUAGUCCCCGUAAGGUAACUGACAAACUCACAAAAUCUGAACAGCCUCAGAGACUGGGAACUUUUGCAGAAUAUCAGGCAUCCUGGAAAGAGCAGAGGAAACCUCUAGAGUCAAGGAGUUCAGGAAGGUACCAUUCUGCUGAUAACAUCCUUGAUGCAAGCCAUGAGCAACGCGAGAAAUCCCAGUACUCGCAUGAGCGAUCCAGAUCAUCGCCUUCUACUGAUUUCUACAAGCAGGAAGUCUCGGUUGAAAUAAGGAGACAAGCUGAGGAUUUGAAGGAAGAUGAGGAGUGUGUUUCCUCUAGAAAUAACACUGAUGAGCAGAACUGCACUGUAAGCUUCUUUUCUAAGCUUACAGUGUCUCUCCAGCCUCCUCUAAGCACAGAGCAAACCUGCCUUCUUUCAGGCUCUCUGAGACAAGCUGAUAUACGGACCCCAGAAGACAGUCCAGGAGGACAAAAGGCUCAAUUAGACCAAAGUUCAGGACACAAAUGGAAGGCAUCUACUAGACCAUUUAACACAAGAGAGCCUACUGCUUUGUCUCAGGAGAGCAGGGGGAGGUCAGGAACAUUGCCCAGUGAUUACAGAUAUUCGCAGGAAAAUGUGAUAAAGAACCAUAAGGAUUGCAGCUUGCCUCUUCUCCCUGGUUCUGAGGUGCAGACAUCAAAUGCAAGAAGCCACUCCUGUCUCCCUCAAGGCAAAGGAGAAGAAAAUCAGAGGAUAGAGCCAGCAUUGCUAAAUAAGAAACGUGGACCUGCUCCCCAAAGGCCUCCCCCACCAAAACGGGAUAAUAAACACAGGCAUCAGGACCAUUCCACCUCAUUGCUUGGUACCUCUUCAGAGUCUUUGCUGACAGUACCCAGCAGGCCCAUUCAGUCCUUUUCCCCUAGUUCUGGUGAGGUGUUUACAGGUCACUCAUCUUUAUCUCAGAGUCCUGCAACAUUCAAUGGAAAACUAAAAAGUGCUCACUCACAGGAACUCCAGCAAGCAUUGUCCACAGAGAAUGUUUAUCAGCACUUAGAAGAGAAGACUCACCUUAAAUCUGAAGCUGCAUUAUCUUUGAAGUAUCGCUACCUUCAGAAACCCAGAAUGGAGACAUCAAGGUCACCUUCGCCUCAGUUUGCACCACAGAAGUUGACUGAUAAGCCUCCUGUAUCUGUGCUAGAUGAGAAUCCAACAAGAAUCGAGAGAGUGAUAGAUAACAACACCACUGUAAAAAUGGUUCCCAUCAAGAUAGUUCAUUCUGAGAGCAGUGCAGAGAAGGAGAGUCGACAGAACCUCACAACUACCAUGGAGCCUCCUGCCUUGCCUAGUGGUUUGGAGAAGGACCAAAUUAAAACACUUAGCACUUCUGAGCAGUCAUACUCACGCUUCUGUGCUUACACAAGGCAAAGUGUGGAACCAGAGCAUGAGAGCAGAACCAAACUGCCUGAUACCCAACCAGCUGAAGCACUUGGAAACAACGUGAAGGGCAGUGAUGCUGCUGUUCCUGCAGUCAGUUAUGUGAAAGCUAAAGAGAAGACCUUGGAAGACUGGAAAUCGGAGGAACUAGCCAGAGAAAUUGUGGGCAAAGAUAAAUCUUUAGCAGAUAUUUUAGAUCCCAAUGUGAAAAUAAAAACUACGAUGGAUUUAAUGGUAGGGAUCUUCCCUAAGGAUGAACAUCUCUUAGAGGAAGCUCAGCAACGCAGGAAGCUCCUUCCAAAAGUUCCGUCCCCAAAACUUGCAGAGGAGAAGAAAGAGGAGCAGAACGUGCCUUCUGCCAUCUCCCUGACAACCAGUUCCACUUACUACAGUACAUCUGCACCCAAGGCAGAGUUGCUGAUUAAAAUGAAGGAUAUGCAGGAGCAACAGCAACAGCAGCAGAGUGAGGAGGAUUCUGAAGAUGAGCUGGAUCAUGACUUGUCAGAAAAAAAGCAAGAGCUCAUUGACAGCAUCAGUAGGAAGCUACAGGUGCUGAGAGAAGCUAGAGAGACGCUUUUGGAAGACAUCCAAGCCAACAAUAUGCUAGGGGAAGAGGUAGAAGCCAUUGUGAAAGAAGUCUGCAAGCCAAAUGAAUUUGACAAGUUCAGGAUGUUUAUUGGGGACCUGGACAAAGUGGUCAACCUACUACUCUCCCUGUCAGGUCGUCUGGCCCGGGUAGAAAAUGCCCUGAAUAACCUGGACGAAAACACCUCCCCUGAAGAACGGCGGACGCUGGUAGAGAAGCAGAAGCUGUUGACACGACAGCACGAAGAUGCUAAAGAGCUGAAGGAAAACCUGGACCGACGGGAGCGUAUCGUCUUUGACAUUUUGGCCAACUACCUGAGUGAGGAGAGUUUAGCAGAUUAUGAGCACUUUGUGAAGAUGAAGUCAGCUCUCAUCAUUGAGCAGAGAGAACUUGAAGACAAGAUCAAGCUGGGGGAGGAGCAACUCAAGUGUCUGACUGACAGCCUCCAACCUGAAAGGCUCAAAUAAGAGGAGACGGCCUGAACAGGAACUCAAAGGCUGGGAGGUUUGGCAAAGUUUCCAGAUAUGCAAGUACAAGCCCUGGCUUGUCCAGUAGGAGCCAGACAGAGGAAAAACAGCUCUGAUGAUAGCAAUAACACUCUUCUUCUUUGGAUGAUGUAUUUAAUUUUUUAGACCUUUUUAAUGCCAGACUCUUCAACUUAUUUGUUAUUACUCAGCCUAUAGAAAGUUCUGCAGAAGGCAGAACAAGUAGAUUCUAAGCUUCAAACUCAAUAUAUUGUGAAGUCUUGCAAUAGUGCAUGCAAACAAUAAUGGUUAUUAGAAUAAGGUGCAAAUGCUGUCUGUUACCUUCAGAUGCUGUACAGACUGUUGGGAAGCUCAAAAGCAAAUGAAUAGAUAAACAUCUGGGAACUCUAAUGUCAGUAGAUUUUUUUUUCCCAUCAUAUCAAAAAAGGAAACAUCCUUUUUUGGCUAGACACAGAAUUAGCUGUAAGCCCUUUUUGAUUGUUACCAAAUUAUUUGACUUCCAAAAUGGUAGUAUAUAUUCCAAAAUAUUGAAAAUAUUGUGCUAGUUUUGGGUCACUUCAUUUGGCACUUAAAAGUAGCUGGAAAAUCUGCUUGCUGUUUUGGGUUUUCCCCUGUACAGCUAUCAUCUGUGAAAUUAGUAACUAAGUUAAUGGAUCCUCUGCACUACCUUUUUAUUUACCUUCCAUUUGCCUCAUAUUUUACAUUUUUAUGUAAAUGAUUAAGUUAUAUCCGGUUAUGGCCCAUGCAGUGAUUCCUUCUUCCCCAUCCCUUCCUUCACUAAAUGAUAUAUAAAAAUCUUAGGCCAUGUAAAUACUGUGCAGUAUUCAGAGUAACUCUGGUUUGUAACUGUGAACGUAGUUAUUUUUUUCACUUCACAUAAGGACAAAUACACUUUAAUGAUAGGACAUGAUUCUUUGAUAUUGGGAGUGUUAGUAACACUGCCAUCCACUGGAAACUCUGAUAAUUUCCAGUAACUGAAGCAUCCACAGCUGUUCUGUCUGAACACAGUGAUAGGACUAGUUGAUUUGCUCUUCUGUGAGCACUAUAGGACUGAUCUCUGCAUACGUGUUAUUAUCUAUAUUAAGAUACAGUUUUAUGAGCAAAGGGAAAUCUUAGCUUCAUGUAUAUACCAUUUAAGUUAUAUAAAGGAAACCUUUCAUCUCUGUUUUUAGGCAAACAAAUAGAUUCCCAAACUAGAAACCAUUUUUAAGGCUUAUGUGACCACCAGGCAAACUCUUUGAACAGUAAAAGUGGCGGGGCAUAAAAAGAAUGAGACCAGUCAACUUCUUAUACCAUCCCUAUAUUAUCACCAUUUACAAGAGGCUCUUUGUCAUCUUAUCAGAAUCCCCAUCUUCCAGGGAGCGAAGGGCCAGAGAAGUAUUGAUCAGUGAAUUACUUACAAGUCAGAGAGUUGGCACAAGACCUUCCCUUGAAAACCAAGCCCCUUACAGACAGAUAAAAUGCUAAAAGAACUAUUUUUCUCUACACUACUUCAUACACUAAUUCAUAUACCCCAGGCCAGGUCUUCAGUUGGUGUAAAUCAGCACAUCUCUGUUGUAGUCAAAUGGUCCUACUGACUCACCUGAGCUGAGGAUCUGGCUUCUUUUUCUUCACCCAGGUGAAAAAAUGUAGAUGUUUGACAUCCUCCCACCAUUAAUAUUUGCUGCUAUGUUAAUUCAUGCUAGGCAGGUGAUUCUUUUUGUCCAUGGACCCAUUUCUCCGCCAUGACAAACCCAAAGCUAAAUCAUUCCCAAAUAAAUUAUGUUUGUCUUUAGUCAAGAGUAGCAUGCAUUGUUUUACCUGUGGCUUUUAAAAAAUAAUACAUAUUGUGGUUACUCUGAAGUGCAUAUGUGAAAUGUGAAUAAUAAUAUAAUUCCAAUGUGCGUGUAUACAGUACUUUGAUUUAGAUUUUUCUUAUGAAAAUAGCAAUACUGAGAGUCUUAUGUAUUAUCCUUUUCAUAAUGCAGUAUAUAGUCACAGUUUCCUCCUCUUUCCUCUUUUUAAAUUGUGCUGAAAAUCUUUUUCGGUGGGACCAAAAGAUGGUUGCCACUGAAUGUUAUAUAUACAUCUGUAAAUAGCUGUACUGUUGCUUUUAAAAAAUCUGGUGCUAAUGUUUUGCCUUUGACUUCUUUAGGUGAUGGUUGUUUCUACACCUUGCAUCCUUCCCAAUUUUAGAUCUCUUUGUAGAGUGAACAAUUACUGUCAGGUUUCUCCAGUUGUUGUUUGGUUUCUGCAGCCCAGAGUAAAAAUAUGUACAGUUUUCCUGAUUGAUACUUAACACUUACCUACUGACAAAUGGUAUUGGUUGACUUUGGGGAAAAUAAACUGUAUAUUUCAAAA